AUGCGAGCCUGUGUCUCCACCUCCAAGGUAGGCAGCCGUCUGCUGCAACAGCGACUCGCUAGCUUGACCUUGCAAUCUUCCAGAUUUGCUCCAGCAAACGCCGCUGCCACUGCCACUGCCGCCGCUCGACUCCCCUCAGCGCACAGCUCUCACCCAUCCUGCUCUCGAUUCUCCUUCCACACUUCGACUCGCAUAUCACAAGCUGCUCCCGUUGAGGCCUCUGCAGAUGCCGCGCCCGCAUCAGACGCACCGCAAGAGCCAAAAUGGAAGCCAACCUCGCAGCGUGUUGGCCUCAUUGCCGUUAAGCGUGGCAUGACGUCCUUUUUCCUUCCCAACGGCGAGAGGAUCCCUGCCACAGUCUUGCAAGUACACACGAAUCAAGUAUCGGCCCACAUUGGUUUCGGACCUGACGCUACCGAGGCUACAUAUACGGCACUCCAGGUCGCUGCCGUUGACACCAAGUCGACCGGCCACGUGACAAAGCAGAUCGAGGGUCACCUUAGAAAAGCAGGCAUCUCGCAUGGAAAGAAGAUCAUCCGCGAGUUCCCCGUCAGCUCGGAUGCUCUCGUACCGCUCGGUACCCAGCUCUCGGCCGUGCACUUUGUGCCAGGUCAGUCGAUCGAUGUGCGCGCUAUCACACGAGGACACGGUUUCCAGGGUGUCAUGAAGAGACACGGCUUCCACGGUCUGCGAGCUUCGCACGGUGUUUCCAUCUCGCACCGAAGUCACGGAUCUACGGGUGCCAACCAGGACCCCGGCCGUGUCUGGCCCGGUACCAAGAUGGCGGGUCGCAUGGGCGGAAACAAGCACGGCACAAUCCACAACUUGCUUGUGGUGCGCGUCGAUGCAGAGAAGGAUCUCAUCUAUGUCAAGGGCAACGUCCCAGGCCCCAAAGGUGGCAGCGUGACUUUGCAAGACGCUCGCCGUCCGAGCUGGAAGGGUCAGAAGAUGUUCAGGAGGGGACGUCUGCCUACGGGCGAGGCGCUGUCGGGUAAGGAGCCCGACUCAAUCUACUUGGCGCCAGGUGUCGACAAGCUGCCUUUCCCGGCUGGAACCAAGGCGCUUGCAGACAAGCUUCCCGCUAUUGUUGAGAUUGGUCUGACGCAGCUCAACUCGGCCACUCAGGCCUAG